UUGCCUUUUGUCUCCGGUUCUGGGACCUUUGUCUUCUGACCCACAGGCUUGGCUUCACCCUUAUCUUCUCCUUUGUGGUGAAGAGCAGCCUUCCCCAGGCUCCCCUUUGCCACGGCUGUGCCUUCUCUGCACCCCGACUUGGAAGAUGGAAGGGGUUCAACCCCCGGAUGAGAAUCUGGAAAAUGGAUCAAGGCCAAGGUUCAAGUGGAAGAAGGUGCUAAGGCUGGUGGUCUCUGGGAUUAAGGCAGCAGGGCUGCUCCUGUGCGUCGUCUAUGUCUGCCUGCAAUUCUCUUCAUCUCCGGCAAAGGACUCUCCAAUCCAAAGACUCAGAGCACCAGUUACCGGAUGUGAGGGGGGAAGACUAUUCAUCGGCACAUCCAAGAAUGAGUAUGAAACCAUGGAGGUGCAGAACAAUUCGGUCAUCAUCAAUUGUGACGGGCUUUAUCUCAUCCACCUGAAGGGCUCCUUCUUCCAGGAGGUCAAGAUCAACUUUCAUUUCCGGAAGGAUCGCAGUCCCAUCUUUGUGCCAAUGCUGAACAAUGGUCAAAGGGUUGUUUUCACUGUGGUGACCUCUUUGGCUUUUAAAGAUGAAGUUUACUUGACUGUAAAUGCUUCUGAUACUCUCUGCGAACACCUCCAGAUAAAUGAUGGAGAACUGAUUAUUGUCCAGCUAACUCCUAAUGGAUACUGUGCUCCUGAAAGACCUUAUAGCAGCACUGUGAACCAAGUACCACUGUGAAUUCCACUCUGAGGGUGGACAGGACACAGGUUCUUUCUUGCGAGAGAUGAGUCCAUCCUGCUCAACUCCAUGACAUGUGAUGGAAUGCAGAUCCUACCCCACUUCCUCACUCAGGGAUAUUUAAGUCGUGUCUUACAUAACAGUUGACCUCUCAUUCCCAGGAUUGCCUAGAGUCUGCUAAGAGCUCUACAGGGAAUGAAAAAAAUAAAUGUCUCUUCAAGAUGCAUUGUUUCAGUUGGUCAGAAGAUCAUUGUAAUAAACAUCUGACACUGAAAAUGGGGCUUGAUUAUUAUCUUCUAGAAUUUUGACAUUGUCAAAAGAAAGAGCUAAGAAUGGGACUGUGAGUCUGAAAAGGGUGGUGUCUACCAGCCAGUAGGAGCUGGAGUGCUCUAUUCAAGGUUAAGGUGAUAGACGACUGUUUAGGUGAUGAGGUGAGGUAUACUGUGAGCUUCUCCCAUUAUCUCUCUUCUUUCCUGGCCUCCAAAUAUACAUAAUAGAAAAGUCCUUCAAAGAGUUAUCUAGGAUGAUACCACCGAGUACUGCAUCAGUGAUGUAAAGAAAACCAGUAGAGCUUUGUUUGUUAUACAGAGCAUAGGAGAGAUUUUACCCCAAUGGUUAUUUUUAUAAUCCAGGAUAAUAGUGAACUGAAUGUCGCAGGAUAAAGGCCAAGAAGGGUUUUGACAGUCUAAGCAAGACUGUUUUGCAAGUUCUCUUUUCCAAUAUUUUAUGUAAAUCUUUGGUAAUUUAAAAAUUUUUAGUAUUUUUUGGCCAUUUUAAAUAGAAAAUAUAGCUCAAACUAUUUUCAGAUGAUUCAUAUCCCCAUAAGGAUUAUAUUGUGUUACAAUACAGUGCAUGUGUCUUGAACCUCCAGAAAGUCUGAAGGCUACUAAUCCUUAUACUAAGUGAAUUCAGUUACAUUUGGAUUUUUUUGUCUGAUAAUAUAUUAUCUCUUAUGCAUCUAUCUAUACUUCUAUGCACCCUCUGUUUUAAUGUUUUAAUCUGUUAUUAAAAGAAGCCGAAUAAAAAUGCUACA